GCGCGCCGUUGCGGCUGGCGCAGCGCUGCAGCGCGGCAGAGAAGACCCGCCGCGAGCAGCAGUUGGCCGCACGGCUGCCCAGCGGCGCUGCGGCUUUGGGCGUGGGCGCGUCUUUGGACGGUACAUUCCUGCGGUUCUUCGUGCGCUUGCCUGGCCAGCCAGACCAGGAGUCGCCCCUGGCGCCGGGCGCUGCGGCAUCUGCGGCGGCUGUGGGGGCACUGCUGGGCUGCCAGUCGGAGGUCUUCGCCACGUCUGGACCAGCAGAGCCCCAGGUGGAGCCGCCAGAGAAGACCAAG